AUGUCACAUCUGCCACGACUCUCCGGGAGGAGAAUUCACUCUCACCAACCACAACAGCCUGCAGCCAUCGGACUCCAGCAACGUCUUCUCAGGACACCUCUCGUCCAUAGCCGUCCUUGCACACAUCACCACUACCACCACCAGAACAAAAACACCUUCCACACCUCAACCCCCCGCCGCAACCUGAUCGAGGACCCACGCUACAGUCCUGCAAAAGUAGCCGCACGUGCCAAAUACCCAGUGAUCACCGCCAAGGAUGCCGCCAAGAAGAAGGACAUGCCCCUCGAGGCCAAGAUGCUCGUCCGGGAUUUCAUUGACGACUCGCUCUACCACCCCAACUAUGGAUACUUUUCCAAACAAGCUGUCAUCUUUUCGCCAGAGACCGACUUUGAGUUUGAGAAGAUUAAGGAUAACAUGGAGUUUCUCGAUAUCAUUGCGGACAAGUAUAAGGAGAUUGAGGAUGAUAUGGACGUGCGGGAUGAGGUUGCGCGACAGGUCUGGCAUACCCCUACCGAGUUGUUCAAGCCCUGGUACGGUUACGCGAUUGCCAAGUACAUUGUGACGGAAUACAAGCUCAACAACUACCCACACAAGGACCUGAUUAUCUACGAGAUGGGCGCUGGAAACGGGACUCUGAUGAUGAACAUCCUCGACUACAUCCAACAGUUUGAGCCCACGGUCUACGAGCGCACGCGGUACCGGAUCAUUGAGAUUUCCAAGAAACUGGCCCAGCGUCAGGGCGAGCGUCAGGAGGUUCGGGAUGCGACCCGGCGUCAUCAGUGUGUUGAGGUCAUCAACAAGAGCAUCUUUGAAUGGGACACUUUGGUUCCUGACCACUGCUUCUUUGUGGGGAUGGAGGUCCUCGACAACUUUUCGCACGACUUGAUCCGCUACGAUACCGUCACCGAGGAACCUCUCCAGGGGAUGGUGGCGAUUGAUGAAGAGGGCGAUUAUACAGAGAUCUACACCCCCGUCUCAGACCCGCUGAUCCAAAAAUACCUCUCGAUCCGGAAACAAACCGGAUACCGCCCCCCAGUACUCGGAAGGCGCUUCCUCCGCCGACUCCGGAACCGACUCCCCUUUGCACCCAACAUGACCGGGCCUGAAUUCAUCCCGACAAAGCUCCUCCUCCUCCUCGAGACCCUCAAGACCCAGUUCCCUAAACACCGUCUGGUCAUGUCCGAUUUCUAUACGUUACCGGAGGCCAUCCCGGGUACGGACGCCCCCGUCGUCCAGACUCGUUAUAGUGGGACCAUGGUCCCCUGUUCGACUUACAUGGUUAUGCCCGGGAUGUUUGACAUCUUCUUCCCGACCAACUUUGAGCUCCUCAAGGAUAUGUACCAACAGGUCUGUCGCCCCUCGCUCGGGAUGGAGAAGUCAGUCAAGGUCCAGACGCAGAAACAGUUCUUGGAGCGGUAUGGAGACUUGGAGCGGACGAGGACUUAUAGUGGCGAGAACCCUAUGUUGAUGUACUAUGAGAACAACAAGAUGUUCUUGAGUUGA